AUGUUGAAGAGAGCUGGAAAGUAUGGAUACAGAGAUUUGAGCUAUUUCUUCUUGCUUCUCGGUAGGACCAGCUUCCAGAAAAGAUUGGACCCUCAAAUCAAGAUGCUUGUCAGUUGUAAAUCUGGAAAAUCUAAAUUGCAGAUUACACCUCUUCAGCAAGAGGGAAUUAUUCGAGGAGAAUUGGAAAAAUAUUGCAUUGAAUUAAGCUCAGUUUUUUAUGCCACUACAGAUACUACAAACACAAUGCCUUGUACAGCUAGACAGUUGGGAAUAAGCUGGCAAGGAUGUGCUGCUCACAAUACUCUGAGAGCUAUUCUUCCAAUUCUAAGACCAACAGCAGAAGCAACAACAGUUUUGAGUGCUGAUUCCAAUGUCAGCAUAAGUUUGAUCUAUCCUUGCAUUUUUACAUUGAAGGAAGAGUUAGUGUCCAAAUCAUCAACAAGUUACCAACAAUUUCGAGAUGAGCUAUUGAAACAAUAUUGGCAAACUCUGAAGGAAGCAAAAUUGGCAAAAAUUCUGAUGAAUUGCCACGUGAGUCUUGUUCAAGACAGGAAUAGAGGAAGCCUUAUGGAUUCAAUGUUCAAUAAAGUGCAUAAUGCUCAAGGAGAUAUCAGAAUCAACAAAAUUUCCACCAUUUCUGAGCAAAUUAAAAAUGAAGUCAGUUUGUAUUUAAAGCAAGCAGUUGUAGAUCGAAACAGUGAUCCUCUUCAGUUUUGGAAAGAAAGUAUUAAUAUUUUUCCACUUUUGGCCAGAGCAGCUAGGAAUUCACGCAACAAAUUGUUCUUCAGAAAGAGUUAA